AUAACACUAUCAAUAAACAGAAUGUAAAUGUGGACAUACAAACUUCAUUUAGCAGGUGAUUCAUUUAUGCCAGUUUUGAAACCAUUAUUCAAAAUUAACGUUGUCUACCUGGGUAGCAGCAGUCUUACUCAUAUGUAAAUUCAUAUGAUUUUGUCAAUGAUUUAUGAGGUUCUUGACCAACGAAGCAUUGUUGUGUAUCCGCAGGAUGCAGUGAAAAAUAAACCAGAGACUAGGCGAUGAACCAGAAUUACGGAAUUUUGUCGGAGAACAUGCAUCCUCUUCUUGGAAAAGCUCUGCUGCGCGUUGUAUUAUUUCACGGAUUCGGUUUGCUGGUUGCCUGGGUUUUCACAUUGAUUGAAAGUCACGAGGAGUCAAGACAACUCAAAAUGAAAAGACUUUUUCGCGAAUUGAGAGCGGAAAUUCCUCUCAAAUAUAAAGUUAAUAUGUCAGACAUAGACUUUGAAAGUUUUUUAAGGAAAGCAUCCGCAGGAGUGACAGCUGGAGAAGAACUUGACUGGACUUUCAUGAACAGUUGUGCCUACGUGUUUGCAGCUUUCACGACCAUAGGUUACGGACACAUCACGCCCAAGACGUCCCUUGGGCGUGGAGUGACUAUCAACGCCUGCCUGCUCGGCAUUCCCAUCACCAUGUUGGCGUUUAAAACAUUGGGAGAGUUGUGCGCAACAUUCUUUAGGUUUCUUGUCAUCAAGACAGAAACCAUUUUAUUCAGAAGGGUUGAGCUGAAACACCUGAAAAAGAAAACAUUUUUUGUGGCAUGCGUACUUUUGGUUGUUUUGAUGAUAUUGGCUAGCGUGUCAACGAUUUUUCUUGAACACUGGACUUUCAUGGAAGGCCUGUACGCGUGGUUUACAACAUUCACAACGAUUGGUUUCGGAGACUACGUGCUGUUUAGAUCGUAUUCCAUAAAGUUAGCCCGGGGAGAUAUCUCCACAACAAGUUUAUUACUUAAGGGCCUAGUCUUUGUUGUGCCUUAUGCAGUAGGUCUUAGCCUUAUGUCGUGUAUUUUGACCUGUCUUGUGGACUCUGUUGAUCAAAUUCGCCAUUUUCGUGAUCGUUGUUGGAGUUGCUGUCCAAGUUUAAUUUUCGAUUCAGGAAAUGUCUGCCGCUAUGAUGUUUCCCGAAGUGAUACGUCUGAUGGACGAGAUCGUGAAGAAAAUGAGCCAGGCGAAAUGUAACUCCCUUUUCACCCUGGCCUCAUGUUUCUUUUAAUUUCGUUUGAACCUGAAAAGUGACCAAAAUUAUUGA